AUGAAAUUGCUCGCUGUUAUCUCUUGCGCCCUUGUGGCAGUCGCCGUCGCUGCUCCAUUGGAACCACAACCACCCCAGGUCGUGCGUUACGAAGUAAAGCAAGAACCUGACGGCUCCUACACAUUUAUUUCUGAAACUAGCGACGGUAACAAGCGUGAGGAGAGUGGUCAACUAAAGGAGGUCCUUAACGAAGAAGGCAAACCCGUAAAAGUUAUCAUUGUCACCGGUUCUUACCGCUACAACGACCCCGAUGGAAAUGAUCAGCAAAUCACCUACAUUGCUGAUCAGGACGGCUUCCACGCUGAGGGUCCCUCUAUCCCCAAAAACCCCGAAGUCAGCCGGAGAUGA